AUGACUUUCCUCAUACUCGUGAUUGGGGACCUGCACAUCCCGGACAGGGCGCUGGACAUUCCCGCCAAGUUCAAGAAGCUGCUUGCGCCAGGCAAGAUUGGCCAGACUCUAUGCCUCGGUAACCUCACCGACAAGCACACCUACGAGUAUCUCCGGUCCUUGUCGCCGGACCUCAAGAUCGUCAAGGGCCGCACCGAUGUCGAAGCCACGUCUCUCCCCUUAACGCAGGUCGUCACCCACGGCGGCAUCCGCAUUGGCUUCUUGGAAGGCUUCACUCUUGUUUCCAACGAGCCCGACCUGCUUCUAGCCGAAGCCAACAGAUUGGACGUCGAUGUCUUAUGCUGGGGCGGCACUCACCGUUUCGAUGCCUUCGAGUAUAUGGACAAGUUCUUUGUGAACCCGGGCAGUGCGACGGGUGCAUUCGUGACAGGAGCAAGCCUGGAUGCCGAACCUGCGUCUCCAAGUUUCUGCCUGAUGGAUGUCCAAGGCAUUUCACUGACCCUCUACGUUUACCAGUUAAGGACGGAUGAAAAGGGAAAUGAGAAUGUGGCGGUAGAGAAGGUUACUUAUACAAAGCCCGUGGAGCCAACUACGGGUUCAUCAUGACGCACCUAACUUGAUUGGAGAGAGGGAACUGAGCUAAUAGAAACCAUUGUAAUUGCUGACGGCAGAGGUAGAAAGGGAGUCAAUACCCGGGCCAACCCAGUUAUACAAAACAACUUGGUGCUUGUCGGUGUACAGGCUGACCAUUUCUUUCAAGAGAUGGGAAUAUUCAAAAGCACAAAACACAACUUUGGUUAUAUGUGAACUGUCCCUGCUAAAUGGGACAACGGACAAAUCACAGAAGAUUCAAAGCACUAAAAAAAGUCAUAACGAUAAAUACAAAUAUCAUUCAAU